CGUGUUGUUCUUACUUCCCCAUGCCUUACCUUUGGCAGAACCAGCGUGCUGACCCUCUUUUUCCUAUAGCUUCCAGUUCUGCUCUGAGGCAGGCAACCACUGAAACUGACACCCACAGGGUUAAAUCUAUUUGCUGUAGCCAUUCCUCCUCCCCCUAGUCCCCCUUUUCACUGUAGGCUGGCAGCAGUCCUAACUGCCUACUGAAACCAAAUGCUUGAGGAGAGAGAGAGUGAGGAGCCAGCCAUGAAUCCUUUCCAGAAAAACGAGUCCAAGGAAACACUUUUUUCACCUGUCUCUACUGAAGAGAUGUUGCCCAGACCUCCAAGCCCUCCGAAGAAGUCACCUCCGAAAAUCUGCGGCUCCAACUACCCACUCAGCAUCGCCUUCAUUGUGGUGAAUGAAUUCUGCGAGCGAUUUUCCUAUUAUGGCAUGAAAGCUGUGCUGACCUUGUACUUCCUGUACUUCCUGCACUGGAAUGAAGACACCUCCACAUCUGUCUACCAUGCCUUCAGCAGCCUCUGUUAUUUCACUCCCAUCUUGGGAGCAGCCAUUGCUGACUCCUGGCUGGGGAAAUUCAAGACAAUCAUCUAUCUCUCCCUGGUUUAUGUUCUUGGCCACGUAUUCAAGUCUUUGGGUGCCAUACCAAUACUGGGAGGAAAAAUGCUACAUACAAUCUUAUCAUUGGUUGGCCUGAGUCUAAUAGCUCUGGGGACAGGAGGUAUCAAACCCUGUGUGGCAGCUUUUGGCGGAGACCAGUUUGAAGAGCAACAUGCAGAGGCACGGACUAGAUACUUCUCAGUCUUCUACCUCUCCAUCAAUGCAGGGAGCUUGAUUUCUACAUUCAUCACACCCAUGCUGAGAGGGGAUGUGAAGUGUUUUGGAGAAGACUGCUAUGCACUGGCUUUUGGGAUUCCAGGAUUGCUCAUGGUGCUAGCACUUGUUGUGUUUGCAAUGGGAAGCAGGAUGUAUAGAAAACCACCUCCUGAAGGGAACAUAGUGGCUCAAGUUAUCAAAUGCAUCUGGUUUGCUAUCUGCAACCGCUUCAGGAACCGUUCUGGGGAUGUUCCAAAGCGACAACACUGGCUAGACUGGGCAGCAGAAAAAUACCCAAAUCAUCUCAUUAUGGAUGUGAAGGCACUGACCAGGAUACUGUUACUUUAUAUUCCACUGCCCAUGUUCUGGGCUCUUUUGGAUCAACAGGGCUCACGGUGGACUCUGCAAGCUAACAAAAUGAAUGGCGAUUUGGGAUUUUUUGUACUUCAGCCGGAUCAGAUGCAGGUGCUAAACCCCUUUCUGGUUCUUAUCUUCAUCCCAUUGUUUGACCUCGGCAUUUAUCGGCUGAUCUCCAAGUGCGGAAUUAACUUCUCAUCACUCCGGAAAAUGGCUGUUGGUAUGAUCCUAGCAUGCUUGGCAUUUGCAGUUGCAGCGCUUGUAGAGAUAAAAAUAAAUGGAAUGAUCCAUCCUCAGCCAGCUUCCCAAGAGAUUUUCUUACAAGUCUUGAACUUGGCAGAUGGUGAAAUAGAGGUGACAGUGCUGGGAAGUAGAAAUAAUUCCCUCUUGGUAGAGUCCAUCAGCUCUUUCCAGAACACAACACACUAUUCAAAACUACACCUGGAAGCAAAAAGCCAAGAUUUACAUCUUCGUCUGAAGUAUAACAAUUUGUCUGUACACAAUGAGCACUCUGUAGAGGAGAAGAACUAUUACCAGUUGGUCAUUCAUGAGGAUGGGAAAAGUAUCUCCAGUAUGCUGGUAAAGGACACAGGAAUCAAACCAGCCAAUGGGAUGGCAGCCAUCAGGUUUAUUAACACUUUGCAUAAAGACAUGAAUAUCUCCUUGGAUGCAGAUGCUCCUCUCAGCGUGGGCAAAGACUAUGGAGUGUCUGAAUACAAAACUGUGCUGAGAGGAAGGUAUCCUGCAGUGCACUGUGAAACUGAAGACAAAGUCUUUUCUCUCAAUUUAGGUCAACUAGACCUUGGUACAACAUAUUUGUUUGUGAUCACUAAUAUCACUGAUCAGGGUCUUCAGGCCUGGAAGGCAGAAGACAUUCCAGCCAAUAAACUAUCCAUUGCAUGGCAGCUUCCACAGUAUGUCCUGGUUACAGCAGCAGAGGUCAUGUUCUCUGUCACAGGACUUGAAUUUUCUUAUUCUCAGGCACCAUCUAGCAUGAAAUCUGUGCUCCAGGCAGCCUGGCUGUUGACAGUUGCAUUCGGGAAUAUCAUUGUGCUGGUCGUGGCACAGUUCAGUGGCCUGGUACAGUGGGCCGAAUUCAUUUUGUUCUCCUGCCUCCUGCUGGUGGUCUGCCUGAUCUUCUCCAUCAUGGGCUACUACUAUGUUCCGCUAAGGUCAGAGGGUAUCCACGAGGCAACAGAUAAGCAGAUUCCUCACGUUCAGGGGAAUAUGAUCAACCUAGAAACCAAGAAUACAAGGCUCUGAUGUCUCCCUGGAUGGAUAACUGAUCCCUGGCUCUAAUUUCAGCCAUCGAUUGCCUUCAAGCAACAUUUUUUUUUU